AUGGAGAAAGAUGUUAAUCGACUUGACACGAGCCUGAGACACAGCAAAACUCUGAUUCCCCCACAAGGCAUUGAUCUUCAUUUCAGCUGUCUCAAGCUGGUUCGAGGAAAUAGGGAAGGGUUUACAUGUCAGACACAGGCAGUUAAUUUGGCCAACUCCAACAUACACUCGGACAAACGUUUUACAGCCUCAUCGUUUCUUGCGAACAAUGAACCGUAUAAAGCACGCCUCAGGAAUACCUUGGGAGCCUGGUUACCUAGCAGUAACAACAAUACUAACGAUUACCUGGAAGUUGAGCUGGGAGAUGUGUUCUUUAUUUGCGCUGUAGCUACUCAAGGACAUCCACUUCGAAGGCAGUGGACCAGAAGUUAUAAGCUGCAUUUGUUCCUAAGGAAUUGGAUCACCUAUAAAGAGAACAACUCGGAAAAGAUUUUCAGCGGCAACGGGGGCGGCCAGAAUGAUAUAGUGACACAAGUUCUGGUAGAAGUGACAAGGGCUCGGAUCAUUCGGUUCCAGCCA